AUGGCUGGCCAGGAGCGGUUUCAAUCUGUGACACAGAGUUAUUACCGAGGGGCAGCUGGAGCCCUGCUGGUAUACGACAUCACCAGCCGGGAGACUUAUAACUCGCUGGCUGCUUGGCUGACAGACGCCCGCACACUGGCUAGCCCCAAUAUCGUGGUCAUCCUCUGGGGCAACAAGAAGGACCUGGACCUGGAGUGUGAGGUUACUUUCCUGGCGGCCUCCCACUUUGUCCAGGAGAACGAACUAAUGUUCUUGGAAACCAGUGCUCUCACAGGGGAGAACGUGGAGGAGGCUUUCCUGAAGUGUGCCCGCACCAUCCUGAACAAGAUCGACUCAGGUGAGCUGGACCCAGAGAGGAUGGGCUCAGGCAUUCAGUUCGGUGAUGCUUCCUUUCACCAGCUGCGGCAGCCUCGGAGUGCCCAGGCUAUGGCCCCGGCCCCACAGCCCUGUGGCUGCUGAGACUUGCGGAGCCAGCUCACCUGUUCUCUAGGACCAGCCCUGUCCUUCUGACUGAGGUCCAGACCUAGGCCCUGGGAGGCCAAGUCCCUCACCUGGCCCCAGAGAAGCUGUCCUGACACCUGUUCCCCUUCCCUGGCCUGGUUGGGCCUGGCUGAGGGGCAAGACUGAGCCACGGGGGAGGGGGGAAUCCAUACCUGCUGCUGCUUCCUUUGUCUUGGCUACCCCCUAUCCCCCUCAAACUCCUAACCAUUCUCAAAGAGUUCCCAAAGCCUGUGACCAGGGUCAUUGGCCCCAGCCCCCCCGGCCCUGCCAUUGCGAGUACGAGUUAUUUAUUACCUGAAGGUUUACUUCUCCACUCCCA